CAGGCAGAAAUCGGCGAUGCCGUGGCCGAGUGCAUUGCCGAGGGCAUUGUCACCCGCGAGGAGCUUUUCAUAUCCUCCAAGCUCAACAACCCUUACCACAAGCCCGAACACGUUCGCCCUGCUCUCGAGAAGACGAUGAAGGAUCUCAAAGUCGAUUACUUGGACAUGUAUCUGAUGCACUGGCCGACGGCCUUUGUUCAUAUUACGGGCGUUCAGUGGAAGGAUUACAAGGGCUCCUGGCCCCCGCCUCAUUUGGCCCGUGGCAUCAGUAUCCACGACACCUGGGAUGCUUUGAUUGAUUGCCACAAAGAUGGCACCGUUCGUACACUGGGCGUUUGCAACUUUAAGAUUCAAUUGUUGCACGAGCUGAUGAUGGGCGAUCAUGCGAUGAUCCCCCACGUUCUACAAAAUGAGGGCCACCCCUACAAUCAGCAAUGGCGCCAACUGGAGUACGUGUUUUGCCAAAAGGUUGGCAUCCAGUUUAUGGCUUAUUCACCUUUGGGCUAUGGUGCGUUUCCUUUCGUGACGGUGCUAGCCAACCCCGUGUUGAAGGAGAUUGCCGAUAAGCACGACAAGUCGACGGCGCAGGUUGCUCUGCGUUGGUGUGUGCAGCGUGGCGUGAACACAAUGCCUUUUAGCUUGCGGGAAAACGAGCUGCGUCAGAACCUGACUGUGGGUGAGUUUGCCCUGGACGACGAGGAUAUGGCCAAAAUCCGCUCUCUUGAUCUACGCCACCACUAUCUGGACCCAUACGACUGGUACGGUCUUCCUCUUUGGGACUAA